UGCAAGAAGUAGAAGAAAGGGCAAAGAUGAACCAAGAAAGAAGUAUGGAAAAAUGUCCAAACAAGGGGUGAAACAGACUUGUUCCAUGUGUAAACAACAAGGUCAUAACAAGAGAUAUUGCAAGGUUGCUGGUCAAAGUUCAGAAGCAGCUACCCAUAAUUCACAAUUUACUGGUCAAAGAUCACAAGGAAGUUGCCAACCUGAACCAAAAAACUUCAGUCAAUCUGAACCAAAAAAGACUCUGCAAGCUGAACCAACAACAUUCAGCCAACCUGCAUCAACUACAUCAAGCAAGCAUGCUUUUUCAACAACAGUUUGUGCUGAUACAAGUAGAGUUAAGAGGGUGAAUGAUACAAUUUCAAGCCAACCACCAUCAUAUGUGGAUAAAAGUAUUCCUUUUACAAGAGGAAUAACAAGUCAACUACCUCGGAGGAGAAAAGAGACUGUUGGACGAAAGAGAGGAGUUGCAGCAACUGGAGAAGACUCUGCAAGAGGGGGGACAAAGAAGCCAUCAUAUGGUGGAUCAAGUAAUGUUGGAUUUGGCAUAUUCACAAGUGCAAGUGGAACCCAAAUACUCAAUCCAGGGACUUCAAGUCAAAGGAUUCUGCCAACAGGUUCAAAUUUUAAGGAUGCAAGUUCAACAGGCAUAGACCUUAGUUUUAAGCCUAGAGGCUUGAGAUGAAAAAAUAGAGAUACUGUCACUACCAAGCAGUUGCAGCAAAUGGCAAACAAAAAGAAGAAGUAAUAGCAGCUUGAAGUUUUGAAUACUAAUUGCGGAUUGC